UUAAACUCGGAGCCCUUGCUAUUACCAGCUCCACAGCAGUGAACACCUUCGGGAAGCAUGGAAGGGAGUCCUAGCCUAGGAUGGGUUAAUGACGGAGACUGGGGAGUCCGAAAUACGGGCAGAGAAAUGUAGACAAAUGCUGGCAAAACCAUCGAGAUUGGCUUCAUCUCAGGAUCGGGAGGUAGACAGGUCCCUGCUGUGUGUAUGGAUGCACUGGCUGGGAGAGAGGGCAAAUAUGUGGUGCUUGAAUCCUCAUCUCUAUAGAAAGAUGCAUGAGAUCAGGAGCAGAGGGAGCUGAUGACGUGAAGGAGCAAAUUCCACCCCAGUCUCCCUCAGGACCAGCUGAUAACUCAGGAGACCCCUGCAACCAUCUUCGAAGAGAUUUCCCCAAGAGGCCAAGGAUGCUUCGAUUCAGUCAAAGUUUCCUGCGGCUAUGAUGGGCAGGUGAAGUGCAUUUGGUGCUUUAUAGAUCUGUGUUUUGUGAGCCACCUUUCUUCUACGCUUUCUUGGACCUUCUUUACCCUCCUCUCCAGGGUUUACAGGAAACUAAUUAAAGAACUUGCUCUUCUUUUGCCACCUCCGAAGGGUCGCUCAAGUCCAGAAACGUGGAGCAGCAGCAUCUUCUGGACACCAUGUAUUUUCAGUGAGAUUCAGGGCCAGGCCUGAAACUCCAGUCAACAUGCUUAAUGAAAAGAACAGCACUCCUUUGUCCCAGAAACCAAGCAAGAAAAAGACAAGACCGCAGGGGCUGCCUUCUCCCGCUCUUUGCUGUGCCUGUGGGCUGUGCAUCAUGCUAGCAGGUAUCAACAUCACCCUGGUGGGAGCAUUUGCUUUUGGAACAUUUGUGCCUGUCAACAACCCCCCCAUUGUCAUCGGCCCCAUCCUUUUGGUUGUGGCAUUUACUUUCUUUGGAGCUUGUUGCAUUUGCAGCCGAAGGCCACCCGCUCAUGGGAUGAGAAAAUCCAAGCCAGGGGCCAAUAUUGGGCUUAUCAAACCUGGGAACACAGCCUUUGAAAUUGAAACCAGUGAACAUACAGUACAGGAUACCACUGCUGUGCAAUUGAGCCCGACUAACUCUCCAGUAUCCUCCAGAAAGUCCACCCCCAUUCAUGAGAACUCUAAGACCUGCAAACUUUUUACAAUGGAUAGCAAUGGGCCAGCAGCAAAAUACACAGCUGGGGGAGAAUCAAUACAGCUGAAUUUGCCCAGAGACAUUGCUAUUUCAUAAACCAAACUGGAGAAUAUUGCUGGAUAGCUGGGUAUCAUGUGACCAGCUGGCUUAGAUGCAUCUGCAAUGCAGCAAGCAUCUGGAAUUCAAUUUAGAAUUGGCCAGCACAUGUUCUUGAAUAUGUUGAGAAAUUUAAGGGUAAGGCAUUAUAAGGUGGCAAUUAGAAAUAAAUACACAGCUGUGAUAGGAAAUGCCAGAUGCUUGUUUAGAAGGACUGAAUUCUGAGUGAUGAAAUUAAAAUGAAAGAGAGCUAUAACUUGAUAUUGCAGCUAUGGGAUACUGACAUAUUCUUUGUAUUUCAUUCAUUAUUUCAAUGGGUUUGUGAAUGAUAAUGUAGUGAACAGAAUUUUGUGCUGUAGUGUACUGGAAAAUUACAGACUGUUUUGCAGGCGAAAAGGUGAACUACUAAUAAACACUGCUAACAAGUGAAAGAAAAGUAGGAUCUAGGCAAUUUAGCUUUUAUGAGACAGCCUUGUUUGCUGCUUUUGAAUAGGCAAAAUGAAGUACUUCCUUAAUGUAAUUAAAAACUAUCUUGCUGCUUA